AUGAGCAAAGCUAAUCUGCCUGAGUUGAAAAAAUGUAUGGACAAGAAAUUAUCAUUGAAAUUAAAUGAUGGCAGGCAUGGCCAAGAGAUCCUUCAGACAUUUGAUCCCGUUAGGAAUCUUGUGAUAGAUGAUUGUGUGGAGAUGGCAACUAGUGAACAACAGAACAGCACUGGAAUGGUGGUAAGAAGAGGCAAUACUAUCAUCAUGGUAGAAACUUGGAGCUAG